AUGAAGUUCUCCCUUUCUCUUGCUAUGGCCACCCUGGUCUCCGCCUCUGUCGCCGCCGAGUCUCCCCUCCCCUCCGGCUUUCCUCCUAUCCCCUCCGGCUUUCCCUCUAUCCCCGAGGCCUGUCUAGAAAUCCCUCAGGCAAUCGGAUUCAAGCCCAUUAAACUUAUGAAUCAAUUCCAGCAGGAAGUCUGCGUGAAGAACUGCAGCGCCACCAUAAACCAGCACAACGAGUUCUUGGUCAACACUGUCUUCCCCCAGAUCAUUCCUGAUUUGGACAAGAAGCUGGAUAUCUCCACCAGCAACAAGCAGCUAUUGAACCAGACUCGCACCGAGGCUUUUGCUGCUAUUAGAAAGAGCUGUGAAUCAAAGGGUGACCAGCCUCUGUGCAACGAUCCCCAAGGUCUCUUCGAAUGGGGCACUUGCGCGAUGCAGGCCUCUGGUCCUAUUUACCAGAAGCACAUGAAGCAGCUGGCUGGAGCUCUCAAGAUUACUGAUUCUCAGUGUGAAAAACUUAAGGCUUUGGACUCUGAUGAGUCUGUCUGGAACAAGGUCAUCCCAGGCUACAUUAAGCAGUUUGCUGACCAAUGUGAGAGCAACUGA